AUGAAAAAACCCUCAAAUCGUGGCUUUGAUUCCGAAACGCAUGCAUCAAAACAGCACACAGAUUCGAAAACUGUCUCCGACGAAUGUCACGAGACCUAUGUGUCCAGCCCGGUGGAUCAGCUGAUCAGCCGACUGUUGAAUUCCAGUCUGUACUCGACCGGACUGAAUUUGGAUUACUGGGUCGAGAAGUGUCAAGCCACCCUGAGUUCGGUCAAAGCGAAUCGUAGAACUUAUAACAGUGGUAGCACGGAACUUCGCCGAUCCAAAUUGACCAAUCCGACAAGCACCAGACAAUUGGCUCCGGCCAGUCCUCAUCCAGAACUGAUUCCACUAAUUGAAAAUCCAAAUCUCUUACGAUGUUCUCACUGUUACCGGACGUUUCGUCCGGACGUUGCAUUACGGCAUGUGGACACGUGUUCCCGGAAAACAAUGCUCAAUGGUGGUGAGGCACCAAACGCGCUUGGCUCUGUCGUGGCUACCGGGAUAUCCACAAAUCAGUUGCGGUCCCGUCAGACCGAUUUGCUCCAAUCGUUGAUUCUCAGUCCGCGUCUCGGCGUUCCCCUAACGGAAUAG